UAAGACUGCAGCUAACCCAUAUGACAUACAUGCAAUAGCAUUACUUGAAGAACUUAUUCAACCCAAUCCUUUGCAUCUUGUUAACCAAGGCACAAAACCUCUCCAAAUUUUGCACCAAAAAAAAGAGAGAAUGGCAAGGGUCUUGCUGCAGCUCCUGUGACGCACUGAACGCCACCUAACUGUUACAAGUGUAUCCAAAGUCCCCAGCACCAGGGACUUGGGGGGAACUGCUUCUCUCUGCUUCACUGACCCUGAAGCUUUCAGAGGAGGUGGUUGUGCUAUGAAGGCAGACCGUACCAAGCAGGCCGACAAGAUGCUUCGUACCCCCAAGUGCUCGCGGUGCCGGAACCAUGGCUUCCUGGUACCAGUCAAGGGCCAUGCGGGCAAGUGCCGCUGGAAGCAGUGCACCUGCGAGAAGUGCUACUUGAUCACCGAGCGCCAGAAGAUCAUGGCUGCACAAAAGGUGCUCAAGAAGCAGGCCCCUGGUGAGGAGCAGGAGGUGGCCCUGGGCGCACAGGGACCCCAGCUGGCCUCCGGGAGCGCUGCCGCCAACCCGGGCCCAAGGUUCUACCCGCUGCCUCCGCUUGCCGUUUUGGGAGACGCGCAGCUGGGCCCUACGGGCCAAGCGGCCGCCUGCUUCCCUGAGAGGCCCCCGCGGGGCUGGAGCCCCGGCACGAGUGCCUUCCAGCCCAUUCUGGGUGGCCGCAUGGGCCUGAGCGAACACGCCGCCAGGGCCAGGCCCAGUUCUCUGGAGCCCCAGCUGGCGGCGGAGGCCACCGGCCGGGGCUACCCCGGCUGCCUGGAGCUGCGCAGACCGCCGCGGCCUGUGCCCAGCCCGCUGUUGGCCGACUUCGGGCUCCCUCUGAGCAUCAACUCAGAUUCUGUGGUGGGGUCUGAGUACCUGGAGAGAGAACCUCCCAAGCUGUACCCCAGCUGCUCCAGCAUGCACCCCUAUGGCCCUUUUCCGCUGGGCUACCAGGGUGCGUCCCCUGCCGCGGGGCCCCCUCUGCAGCAGCGUUUCGGGCAUGUGUCCUAUAGCCACUACAAUGGAGGAGGCUUGGUGGCGGACCCCAUGGGAGACUUCCAGCCGAGCUACUACCCGCCGCGGGCGCCAUCGCAGCAGCCCCAGUUCCUCCCGCCGGGCUUCCUCUCUGCGCUCCACUUCUUCCCGCCGCCGCCGCCGCCGCCGCCGCCGCCAGCAAGCUUCUCGCUGACCAUCCUGUCUGACAUGGACAAGGAGAACACCGAUGACCAGGACGUGGAGGGGCCGAUCGAGCCCAGCCAGCCAUCGUCCCAGGAGCAGUCCGACUAGGCCCAGGCCCUCAGGCCAGCAGCGUGGGGCCUUGGUGCAGGGGGUUGGGGGGGUGGGGCGCUUGCAGCAAUGAUUUUCUUGUUUCUAUUCAGUGAUAUGUAGGGAGGAAGGGUAGUGAUAAGAGUAAGGUGGCAGUCAAUUCCCAUUUCAAGAUAGGAGGAAGGAGUGUGGUUGCUAAGGUUCUCUCAAGCCUGAGACAUGGGGGGUUGAAAAGGAACUCAGAGGAUGAAGUCAUGAGGGCGCGGCCAGAGCUCUGAGAUGUGGGGGGCUGGGGGGAGCUCACGUUUAGGAAUGAAUUUAACCAGCUCUGUGUUGGCUGCUGUUAAUCAGAUUCACCCCUAGAGACGGCCUUUGAUUUCCUCAGGUCCUGCUCCAGGACAGGAGGCACUGUCUACCUUAGCCUCUGCUUCUGCUGCCUCUGUCUGGUCCCCAGCAGGAGGCAGCACAGACAUCAGGCUUCAGGGACAUCCAAGUGGAUAGCGGGAGCAGCCAGGACCAGGGUGCUGAACAGAUUCUGCUCCAUCCUUUCUUACUCCUCUGUCCCCCAGAGUCAGCCUGGCUACUGCCCCUCGCCCCUUCUCUAGGGGCUUUACUAUCAAAUAUAAGCAUUGUAGGCUCUGAGGUUGCUUCACUUCUCCCCCAUGAAGUUUAAGCCAUUAUGACAUCAUUUAUGGUUAAAAAAAAAAAAAAAAACUAUUUGACUAUUUCAUGUUUUUAUAGUGAUUGCUAGCUUUAAAAAUUAAGCUUUUUGUAAGUUCUUAUGCAGUUCUCAGAGAAUAGGAUGGUGCUUCCAGAUUACCUGUGGCAUCAGUUUCUUCUCUGGGGACAGCUGACAGUUGAAAUAAAAUGAACAGUGGAAAUCCC